GUUGAAGGAACAUCAUGCAUUCUCAAAAACAUUUGACAAAAUUGUUGAAGAAUCUCUCUUUAGCGCAAAUUAAAAAUGUUAAGGUGGAGUUUAAUCCUUUCCAUUCAAAGACUAGAUCUAUAAGAGAAUUUCUCUUCCAAAUAAGCGCCCAGAGGGUCAGAGAGACAAACAAUAAAUGCAGUUUGAAAAUAGAUGUCAAAUCUGAUGGAUCAGACCCAAAUGUUGAUGUCAAAUUUGUUGAUGGGCAUAAGCUACAAAUAAAUACAAGGAAUUUAACAACAUAUGAAAUAGCAAACUUAUUCAGUGAACACUGCUUGAAAAGGACAGAAAAUAAAGCAGAAACUUAACCAUAAUCAAACAACAAAUGAAUUCGAAUGUCACAAAUGAUAUGGUUGUACAAUUUGCAUAAAGCUUCACACAAAGAACUCGGCAACUGUAGACAGAACUAUAGAGUGCAGGUGCCAUGUGUUUAAAUACACAAACAUUGCACAAUUCAGUCAUUCCAUAUGGCUAGUUUCAUGUACACUUGGUAUUUACCCAAAAUUACUUGAUAUUACAGUUUGUUUGCUGGAUUUAUUUAACAGAUCAAGAACGAAUCAACGACGAAUCCAUGUACAUUAUUUGUGGACUCCCAAUUAAUAUGAAUGCUGUAAAAGUAAAUUGUUGGGCACACCUUAUUAAUAUGGAUAUUUCAAGUAGAAUAUAAAACUUCAUCUGUAAUCAAUCAAUUGGUUUUAUCCUGGUAGGCUUCUUUUGAAGGAGCAUUCUUUAAGAUUGGACGCCCAUAUAAACCAUUAUAUUCUGAGUGGAGGGCUUAUAGUUAGCUUAUCUGACAUUGUUUUGUUAAUUUUUAUGAGAUUAUAGAUCGCAAAUUUAACCAACCAUUUCUUCUAUUUACAAUAAGUGAUACAAUUCAAUUUACAACUUUUUACUUGAACUUUGAAUUCCCAAGGAUUUUAAGUUUUCUGAAAAGGCAAGGAUCAGGCUAU